CCCUGGGGCUUCAGAAUGGCUGGGGGCAAAGAUUUCGGGGUACCAUUGGUCAUUCAAAGGGUUAACCCAGGAAGCCUGUCAUCACAGUGUGGGCUACAGGAGGGAGAUACCAUUGUGCAGAUAGGGGGUGUCAGCUCAUCAUCGUUAACCCACAGAGAGGCUCAAGAUCUAAUUUUAAGUUUGGGGAAUUCCUUAGAGCUAAAAUUAGAAAGG